CCUGGUCCCAGGCGCUGCCGCCGCGGCCGAGGUGGCGGCCACCAGCGGCCGCCGCAUCCCGCCCGCGCGCGCCCGGGGCCCCCCUACCUGGCCGUCCGCCGAGCCAUGUCGUUGAGCCCCAAGCACACGACGCCCUUCUCCGUGUCCGACAUCCUGAGCCCCAUCGAGGAGACCUACAAGAAGUUCGGCGGCGCCAUGGACGGCGCGCCGCCCGGCCUGGGGGCGCCCCUGGGGGCCGCGGCCGCCGCCUACCGCUCGCCGCCGCCCGGCCCCUCCUCGCAGGCGGCGGGCAUGCAGCCCCCGCACGCCAUGGCGGGCCACAACGCGGCGGCGGCGGCGGCGGCAGCGGCGGCGGCGGCGGCGGCCGCGGCCGCCACCUACCACAUGCCGCCGGGCGUCUCGCAGUUCCCGCACGGCGCCGUGGGCGGCUACUGCAACGGCGGCCUGGGCAGCGUGGGCGAGCUGCCCGCCUACGCGGACGGCAUGCGGGGCGGCGCGGCCGGCGGCUGGUACGGCGCCAACGCGGACCCGCGCUACUCGUCAAUCUCCAGGUUCAUGGGGCCGUCGGCGGGCGUGAACGUGGCCGGCAUGGGGUCGCUGACCGGCAUCGCGGACGCCGCCAAGUCGCUGGCGCCCCUGCACGCGGCGGCGGCGGCGCCCAGGAGGAAGCGGCGGGUGCUCUUCUCGCAGGCGCAGGUCUACGAGCUGGAGCGGCGCUUCAAGCAGCAGAAGUACCUGUCGGCGCCCGAGCGCGAGCACCUGGCCAGCAUGAUCCACCUGACGCCGACGCAGGUGAAGAUCUGGUUCCAGAACCACCGCUACAAGAUGAAGCGGCAGGCCAAGGACAAGGCGGCGCAGCAGCUGCAGCAGGAGGCCGGCCUGGGCCCGCCGCCGCCGUCCCCGCGCCGCGUGGCCGUGCCCGUGCUGGUCAAGGACGGCAAGCCCUGCCAGAACGGCGCGGGCCCGCCGACGCCCGGCCAGGCCGGCCCGCAGCCGCCCGCGCCGACGCCCGAGCUGGAGGAGCUGUCGCCCAGCCCGCCCGCGCUGCACGGCCCGGGGGGCGGCCUGGCGGCCCUGGACCCCGCGGCGGCCGGGGACUACGGCGGCGGCGUGCUGGGCUCCAACCUGCUCUACGGCAGGACGUGGUGA